AUGGACUGGCACGCUCAUGGCACACGCAUUAAGAAAUCAAACUCAUCUACUCUACGAUCACCUUUUUUGGCUACUGAAAGGGGUCAGUGUGCUGCAAAAAGAGGUCGAUGGGAGUGUGGACAACACACGCUGUGUUUUAACAUUCUCAAACUUUCCUUCCAUACUACAUUUAGUUGGACGGCUGAGAGAAACCGAGUUCAAAUGAACGUUAGAGCAUCCGGCACGUUUGCUUUCCAGUUGGACUCAAUAGAAUUGAACAGAAUGAUGAAGGAAGGAGAAGCAAUUGCGGAGGCAUCGCCACUUCCAAAUCCUCCCAGGUCGACUGUUCUCAUUACCAUGUCUCCUUGUCCAGAGGAAGAUGAAGAUGAGAAAAAUAGGGAUACUCGAAAUAGAGCACAGUGGCUUCGAGCCGCCGUGCUCGGAGCCAACGACGGGCUGGUCACCACGGCGUCACUGAUGAUGGGCGUGGGCGCGGUGAAAACAGACGCAAAGACAAUGGUGAUAUCUGGUCUGGCGGCGCUGGUGGCUGGGGCGUGCAGCAUGGCCAUCGGCGAAUUCAUUUCCGUGCAAACGCAGCGCGACGUGGAACUUUCCAACCUUAAGAGACAAAAGCAAGCUGAAAAAGCGUUAAAGGGUACCGAAGAAGUCAGCAGAAUUCCUCCGGCGUCUCCGUUGGUGAUUUCAAGAGAAGAAAAAGAGGGGCUUCCGAGCCCAAUUCAAGCAGCUUGCGCAUCGGCCCUUGCGUUUUCUCUGGGAGCACUCUUGCCUGUUAUCUGUGCGGCUUUUAUCAGUGACUAUACUGUUAGGGUUGGUGUUCUGGCUGGAGUUUCGAGCUUCCUGCUCAUGAUAUUUGGCGCGAUUGGAGCCUACUUUGGGCGGUCUUGUAUUGUUAAGGGGAGCGUGAGAGUGUUGAUUGGAGGAUGGCUUGCCAUGUUAGUCACCUACGGUUUGCUCAGGCUGUUUAACGCCACAGCAGGAGUUUAA